AUGGAAAAUUUCGACGAAACUGCUCUCCACGAAAAGCAGCGAGGAAUUACCGAGGAUCGUCUUACCCUAUACCAACGUCAAAUCACCGGCUCCAUUGAGCAUCGUCCCACAUCUACAUCGGCCCUUACCAUUCACAACUCGUUGAACGUGAUGGCUCGAGACCCAAUUACUUGCCACGUGCUCAAUACCUUAACUGGCACUCCCGCCGCGAAUCUACCAUGCACUUUGUCACUGUUCUCAGGUACGGCGGUCAGGGAUACGUUCCAUGCAACGACCGAUUCUGACGGAAGAAUCAAGAAUUGGGUGCCGUCGUCCUCUUCGACCGAGAAUAUUGCUACUAUACUUGGAUCCCUUCCUGAGGCGGACGCGAAAACGCACUGGUCGAUUCGAUUCGAGGUUGGACCGUGGUUUGAAUCGCAGGGCAUCGAGAGCUUUUGGCCAGAAGUGGAGGUCAAAUUCACUGUUCGGGGGCGCGGUGUCGAAGGCCAAGAAGGCUGGCGGCAUUAUCAUGUUCCGGUGCUUCUGGGACCUUGGAGUUACUCAACAUAUCGUGGGUCUUAA